AUGGCUAUUAAUAUUCAUAUCAUUUUUUAUCUGGAACAUUUAAACCUGAGAUAUGUUUCCACCUGGUUUGAUUACUCACUUGUCCGAGCUAUUCUGACACAUCGUAUAGCUGAAUUAGAAUUGGAUUCGAGCGUUCAAAGCUCACCCAGGACAAAUGUGUUAUUAUUUGGACAGUCAGAAAACUCAUUCGGAUACAUCAUUUACCUUACUGACGGCGAUAUCGUUUUGGUGACCCUCCGAUCUCGAUCUUUUCAACCACCGAUAAAUAGCAAGGCCUGGUCACAGAGAACAGUACUUACAUUACAGAAGUUGAAGUUUGAAGGGACUAAUACCCUACGCCAACAGCGACACCCGCCAUAG